AUGCCGUUUGUCUUGUUUGGUGAGAUGUUGACGAGGUGCACAGAGGACAUCAUCAUCACACGUGGUAAAGCCAUACAGAGAGAAGCAUGGAAUAUUCUCAUCGUUCCAUCGCAGGCGGUUGGGGCACAGCCAUUAAGGUGGUCUCUUCCCGAGAUUGUCUCGUUUAGUUGGACGGGCAACUUGAUGGGGAGGGAGAAGGCCAACUUGAGGCUAGGUGGGAGGGCGGCGAAGACUGUUGAGGAGGCGAGUAAAGAUAAGAAGGUGCUCAAUGCUUUGUUGUGUGUGGAUGUUCUGGGGGAGGCGCUGAAUGAGGCCUUGGAGCCGUACCGGAAGAGGGUGCAGAAGGUGGACUUGAUUGAUGAGUUUACCAAGUCUUUGAGGGCGGAUGUUCAGGCUACGUUGAGUUCUGCUCCGGAGCUAAAGGGGAAGCCCUGUGGCAACAUCCAUGUUUACCCGGCCGGAAUCCUUUUCAAAUCCAAGUCCAGGAUUCUGUACAUGCCCUUCCGUAUCAUUGAAUGCGUCACAUUGACAGUAGCGUUCUGCCUGAACCAAAAACAGCUAGCAGGUCUGUCCAUGGGUGUGCAAGUCAAGAAGGGACAGCGAGAGCUCGAGGCUGAUGAGGCUGAGGCGAAGCGUUGGGAGCGCGAAACUGUUGGCAUUUACUUCAAGAGGAUUGAACUGAGGUGUGUCCGAACGCUGAAGCGAUGGCUUGAGGAGGCGGGAGUUCGCAAGUUGGAGCUAGAGAAGGAGUCAUACUACGACUAUGCAAAGGGUUCGAUCGCGGGGGAAUGUGUACCACUAGGACGAUAUCUCGCGAUGGCUCAGUGCUUAGUCUGUCAAGCUCGCCAAGCCCAUGAAAAUAUGCGCCCCCAACUAGCACAUAACUUCCAUCGCCUUUCCCACUGUCCCGGACGAUCAACGCAGUAG